CUAGAAGUCGCUCACGAUCUCCACAUAAGAGGCGAAAACAUUCUCACAGGCAUGAUAGAAAUCGUAGUCGUGAACGUGCUAAGGAAACAACAAAUGAGAAAAGGGAUAGAAGUCGUAGUAGAGAAAGACGUAGUGGACGAGAUCGCGAACGGGAUCGAGAUCGAGAUCGAGAACGUGAAAAGGAUCGUCACAGAGAUGAUCGAGAUCAUAAGCGAUCCCGCCAUUCGAGGAGUGAAAUUGAUAGAGAAGAUUCUUAUACUAAAUCUCAUUCCACAAAAGAAACAGAAGAUAGAAAAUAUAAAAACAAUAUUACGGUAGAAUCUGGAAAUUCUACACAAGAUCAAAAAAUUAUAUCGAGGUCAUCAGGUACCGUGCUGAACAAUGUUUCUGGAGAAAUGAAGGAUAAAUAUAAAGACAUUAACAAACAAGAAAGUGCUAACCGAGACUUGGAUGUGCAAAUGCAGGUUGAUUCAAAGUUAGUUGAUUCGACGACCUCUGCAACAGUUGCGGCUUUACUCGAUAGUCAGGAAGAAAAAAUUCGUCAAAGGAGAGAACGUGUGGAACAAUGGAGAAGAGAAAGGGAGGCGGCUAAAAAAGCUGAAGAGGAGGCCAAAUCACAAGCAGUUUCUACUGCAAGCCAAUCUAUUUCUACUGCUGAUGACCAAACUGCACAACAAAAUAAUAAAGGUUGGACUUUAGAUGACGAUGAUGAAGAUGAGGCUAUGGAAGUUGAUGGCGCCCCGGAAACUGUAAAUUUACUUCCUAUACCAAAAUCUAAUGAUAAAGUAGAAUCUCAGGUGCUUCAAGUUAGGCGAAACCCAUUACUUGGACUUGGCAACAAAAAAUCUGCGACGAAUAAUAAGGGUAAAUUAAAAAGUUUAGUUGCUGAAGAAGAAGAAAAGUCUACAACAUCAGGGUUAUCUAUCAAAGAUUCAGGAGAUCAGAUGCAGACUGAUAAUGGAGAGGAGGAAGACCCCCUUGAUGCUUUUAUGAAAGACGUAGAAGUUGAAGUAGAACAAUUGAAUGAACAAGACAAAAAACGCGCAAAACAAGUGGCAAAAGGGAAAAAUAAAGUCGAUAAAUCCGAGAAAGCUAUACAGGAUGAAGAUGAUGCUGAAGAUGAAGAGCUUGGUAGUGAUCCCGAAGAUAUUUUAGCUUUGGCAGCUAAAAAACUUAAAAAAAAAGAUUUGGCAGCAGUUGAUCAUUCACAAAUUAAAUAUGAACCUUUCAGAAAGGACUUUUACAUUGAGCCUCCAGAAAUGCAUGAAAUGACGCAUGACCAAGUAGACCUUCUUAGGGUUGAAUUGGGAGGAAUUAAAAUCAGAGGUGUUGAUUGUCCGAAACCUAUACAAAAAUGGACUCAUGCGGGUUUACCGGCUGCAUGUUUGCAAAUAAUUAAAAAAUUAAAUUUCGAAAAGCCUACACCCAUUCAAUCACAAGCAAUACCUGCAAUCAUGGCUGGUCGAGACGUUAUUGGCGUUGCAAAAACUGGGAGCGGUAAAACUAUAGCAUUUCUUCUUCCAAUGUUUCGUCAUAUCAAAGAUCAGCGUCCUCUUGAACAAAUGGAAGGUCCUAUUGCCAUUAUUAUGACACCUACAAGGGAACUUGCAGUUCAAAUACAUAAAGAGUGUAAACAUUUUUUGAAAGGGUUAAAUCUUAGGGCUGUUUGUGCUUAUGGUGGAUCACCUAUUAAAGAUCAAAUUGCGGAAUUGAAACGUGGCGCUGAAAUAAUUGUUUGUACUCCUGGUCGUAUGAUUGAUUUAUUGUGUGCUAAUUCCGGACGUGUUACUAAUUUAAAGAGAGUCACUUAUCUUGUAUUGGAUGAAGCUGAUCGUAUGUUUGAUAUGGGAUUCGAACCUCAGGUUAUGAAAAUAGUCAAUAAUGUUAGGCCUGAUCGUCAAACAGUCUUGUUUUCUGCUACUUUUCCACGCCAGAUGGAGUCUCUGGCACGAAAAGUUCUCAAAAGGCCGCUUGAAAUUACUGUAGGUGGACGCAGUGUUGUAGCACAAGAUGUUGCUCAAAUAGUCGAAGUUCGCGAAGAUAAUACAAAAUUUGUUCGCUUACUUGAAAUAUUAGGUCAGCUAUAUAAUGACGAUCCUGAUGCUCGUACUCUAAUUUUUGUUGACCGUCAAGAGGCAGCAGAUAAUUUAUUGCGUGAUUUAAUACGAAAAGGUUACCCCUGUAUGUCCCUUCAUGGUGGCAAGGAUCAAUUGGAUCGAGAUAGCACAAUAGCAGAUUUCAAAUCCGGCGUUUGUCAGCUAUUAAUAGCCACUUCUGUAGCUGCAAGAGGUCUUGACGUAAAACAGCUUAAAUUGGUCAUUAAUUUUGAAUGUCCAAAUCAUAUGGAAGAUUAUGUACAUCGCGUUGGAAGAACCGGAAGAGCUGGUAAUAAAGGUACCGCGUAUACUUUCAUUACACCAGAACAAGAUCGAUAUGCGAUGGACAUAGUUAAAGCAUUAAAAUUGAGCGGUGGUCAUGUUAGCCCAGAAUUACAAGCACUUGCCGAUGGAUUUCAAGAGAAGGUCAAGGCGGGAAGUGCUACGUAUUCUGGCUCAGGAUUUGGUGGUAAAGGUCUUGAGAGGUUAGAUGAAGCACGAGACCUCGUUAAGAAAGCCCAAAGAAAGACAUAUGACGUUUCUGAUGAUGAAACCUCUGAGGAGGAGGCAGAGGAUGAUGAUCACCUCAUGCGGUCAGUCAAGAAAGAGGAAAUUUCGACUGUUCCUGGUAUUUCUUCUAUCACACCCAAGUCUGUUGCAGUUAACAUUUCACCACCGACUAAUGGUCAUUCCACAGAUAUGAACCCUGUAGCAAUUGCGGCUCUUAAAGCCGCUCAAGAAGCUGCAGCCCGAGUCAAUGCUAAGAAUGUUGGUGCAAGUGGUGUUCAAAGAGCGAAAGACAUCAUUGCAGAUAUAAAUGCUCGCUUUAAAGAAAACUCUGUGCAAGGCACAGUACCUGAAGCCGAUAAAGCUGAAAAUGCUGCAGAAUAUUCUGUUGAAAUUGAAAUUAAUGAUUAUCCACAAAAGGCAAGAUGGAAAGUUACAAAUAAGGAACAAAUCUCACAAAUUACAGAACUUACAGGAGCAGCUAUCACUACUCGUGGUACAUAUUUCGCUCCUGGUCGUCAACCAGCACCUGGUUCUGGCGAAAGAAAAUUAUAUUUAUUUGUUGAAGGGGAAAAUGAAUAUGUUGUUGAAAAGGCCAAGAAUGAAAUAAAGCGUAUUUUGACAGAAACUACGUUAAGUGCGAUUGAAGCCGAAGCUCGUAAUCCCGGAAGUACUUCGUUGGGUGGAUACGGCAAGUAUUCGGUUGUAUAAACGGAAAAAAUUUUAUUGUUUUAGUGAAAGUUCGAUGUUGGCAUUAUUUCUUUUUAUCCCUUUUUUGUUUUAUUAUUAAAUUUUUCUAUAGACGAUUUGUACGCAAAUUCUCGAAGAUUUUAUUCACUGUUUUUAAUAAAG